UGAAGUAUUCAGUUGUUGCCAGUUCAUCAUGGUAUUUUUACUACCCUCAAACUGAGCUCGGUGGACGGGUAGUGAUGACGAUGGACGACGCAUGACAGUGUGGUAGCGUCCGGCAGUAGCGAUGAGACAACACACGAGGAACAAGGCCUUUAUGGCCGUCGUUCUGUUGGUCCUGUUUUACAUGCUGUACACCCAUGACAGACAUGAUCUAGACAGCGACGUACACGAUCGCGGACCCCGGGGAGGAGAGACUCGGGCCCCGGGGGAUGCAAACCUCCCUCUUAUCUUCAUUGGAGGGAUGCCAGGAAGUGGCACUACCUUGCUUAGAGUCAUGAUGGAUGUACAUCCGGAUAUCCGGUGUGGAGAAGAGACUCGGAUCAUUCCGUAUAUACUUGGGAUGCGUUGGGAAAAAUGGGAAAAACCAGUGGAAGAAAAACUGAAUCUUGACAGGGCAGGAGUGACACGUGACGUGAUCGACGCGGCCAUGGCAUCGUUCAUCGCCGAGAUCAUCAAAGGGAGUGGUGAACCGGCCGCUCGUCUGUGUAACAAGGACCCUUUAGCGCUCAAAGAUGCUGACUACCUAUCCAGGAUAUUUCCAAACUCUAAGCUGAUCAUGAUGGUGCGCGACGGUCGCGCUGUAUGUCAUUCUUUAAUAAUGAGGGGCUUGACCAUCACCGGAUACAACAACAGUGAUGUCCGGGACUGCCUGAAGCGCUGGAAUAAUGGCGCUAACUACAUAAAUGCCCAAUGCCAGCACGUGGGCCGCGAUAGGUGUAUGGUGAUCAGGUACGAAGAGUUCGUGCAGUUUCCUGAGGAGUGGAUGAGGAUCAUCCUUAACUUCAUUAACGUACUGUGGAACAAUGCUGUCCUCCAGCAUUCGUUUUAUGUGAGAAACAAUCAGGUGCACUUUUCGUCCAAUGAGAAGAAGACUGCACAGCUGCAGGAGCCUAUUAACACCGCAUCUCUAGCCAAGUGGGUAGACCAUCUCCCCGACAACGUUAGACGGGAUAUGGACAGAAUAGCCCCUGCACUGAAGAAGUUUGGGUACGACCCUAAGGCCAAUCCCCCAACAUACAAGUACGACAAACCAACCAGAGAGUUCCUAAAAAACUACUGAACGCCAUGUUAACACCCUGUGAGUGACGGCAUUUAAUAAUCCCGUGUCCCAGAAAUCACAUCAUGGCACGUGUUAGAAAAAAACCCAUUAUAGCGAGUUUUCCCAAUAGGCCGUUCUACCAUGACACACAGAUAUCCCAAUCUAGUGAGACAAGCAAAUAUCCAAUUCUGGCGAGACUCACAGAUAUGUCAUUCUAACGAGACUCACAGAUGUGCCAUUCUAGUAAAACUCACAUUAUGCCAUUCUAUCGAUUGUCCAAGAUAUGCCAUUCUAUCAAGACUCGCAAUUAUCCCAUUCUAACGAGACUCGCACAUAUGCCAUUCUAUCGAUGGUCCCAGAAAUGCCAUUCUAGCAAAAGUUUUUCAAAAAGCAACAUUUUGAUGCUGUUCGCGUAUGUCUGGUGAGAGUAGAGUCUAGUUGCCAGCACUGUGUCAGAUUCCAAUAAAUUAUUGGUAUGCGGUUGACGAAAUGCGACUGCAAUUGGUCCCAGGUGGUACAGACUUUCAUUCUAUGCGGCUAAUUACCCGCAGCCAAGCCUAUUGGCAAUAUUUGGAUGUAACAAGAAUAAAACUGAAUA